AAAACAUAGCCUCUACACAUCCUAAUCAAUUUGGACUUUUAUUCAACAAAAUUCUAGUAGUAUUUUUACAAUGGCAUUAACAAUUCUUAAAUAAACUCAACAAUUUUUCUUCAAUUUCAAUCCACCAAAAUCCUAGUGACAUCAAAAUGGCAACAGCAAUUUACAGGACAUUGAUCAAGAUUGCAGACAAAUUUGUGCCACAGACGUUUCAACCUUUAUGGAAUCAUGAAGCUGGACCAAAAACAAUAUUCUUCUGGGCCCCCGCUUUUAAGUGGGGUCUGGUAAUUGCGGGAAUUGGCGAUAUUUACAGUCGGCCCAUUGAAAAACUAAGUAUUCCUCAGAGUUCUUCUCUAGCUGUUACCGGACUCAUUUGGUCCCGUUACUCGAUGGUUAUUAUUCCGAAAAACUAUUCACUUUUGAGUGUCAAUGCUUUUGUGGCGUUGAUAAACACUAUACAGCUUGGUAGAGCGUUUAUGUAUCAGAAUUCUUUACAGAAGUCUCAGAAGUAAACAUGGAAGCGGAUUUGUUAGAGUGAAUGCUGUUGUGUUGACUGUUCAGUGUUGAUUAUUUUCUGGCAUUGAUGAACUGUUUCAACUCGAUGGACCUGUCAAGUACUAGAAUAUUUUGAAUGUUAUGUACUUGAAACUAUAGUAAACAAAUGUUUGUUGAAAGCACCGCGAAAGAAUUUAAUAACUUUUUGACAAUGAGCACUUCAUCAUCCAUGUUCAUGAUUCCAACAUUUGUAUUCACAUACACAUUUUAAUGUGUCCUUGAAUCACAAUCUGUAAACUUCAGUUAUCAAUAAAAUAUGAUGGUUGAAAAAAUGUUAAUAUUGUAUAA